GCUCAUAUUGUGCAGCUGGUGCAGCGGAAAGAAAAAGUUUGUGGUGAAACAUUAUCAGCCAGAACAUUCAUGUCUCUUAGGGGCCACUAGGAAUAGAAGGGUAACAACCCAUGUUGUUGCCAAUAUGUUUGGGGAGAUAACAAGUUCUGUGUCUUCCAUUAGACCUAAACAUUUGAAGGCAAUGGUGAGAAAAGAAUUGGGAGUGUUCAUUACAGACAAGGUCUGUAGGAAUGCUAGGAGCUUAGUUAUUAAGAAGAUUGAAGAACAAUUCAAGGAGGAUUUCAAGGUGCUGAAUAACUAUGCUUUGGAGUUAAAAACAACAAAUCCUGGCAGUAGUGUUCACAUUAUGACUGAAAGACAGAAGCUAGAUGAGUUACCUUUAUUUAAGAGGAUCUACAUAUGUAUAGCAGCAAUUAGGGAAGGGUUCAUCAAUGGUUGCAGGAGGGUUAUUGGCAUUGAUGGGUGUUUUUUGAAGGGUUCAGUGAAAGGGCAGAUAUUGACUGCAGUUGGAAGAGAUGGCAACAAUCAAAUGUUCCCUGUUGCAUGGGCCGUUGUGGACAAGGAAACAUCUGAAACAUGGCUAUGGUUUAUUGAACUUCUCAAAGUUGACCUUCUCAUCGAGGAUGGGCUUGGAUGGGUAGUGCUUAGUGACAUGCAAAAGGGCCUUCAACAUGCAGUGAAUGCUUUGCUUCCACUAAUUGAGCAUAGGAUGUGUGCUAGACACAUCUAUGCAAGAUGGGGGAAAAUUCAUCCAGGAAAAGAUCUACAGAUUCAAUUCUGGAAUGUUGCAAAGUCUUCAAGUCAACCAGAAAUGCGAAAACAAUUGGACAGAAUGAAGAGCCUAAAGGGUGGUGUGAAGGCUGCAGAAGAAUUACUUGAGAGAUGGCCUAUUUCAGGUUGGUGCCUUGAAUUCUUUAAUGACAUAGUUAAGUGUGAUGUAAUUGACAAUAACAUGUGUGAAACAUUUAAUGGGGUAAUCUUAGACUCUAGAAGCAAACCAAUAAUCACAAUGCUUGAAGAUAUUAGGCAAUAUGUAAUGACUAGAGUGGUUGUCAAAAGAGAGUAUUGUAUGGAAAUGGAAAAAUGCAUGUGGCCCUAACAUUGUUGCUAGAAUUGAGAAGGCCAGGAAGAGAAGUUUAAAUUGGCAUGUGGAAUGGAAUGGUGGAGCAAGCCAUGAAGUUUUUUGGGAUGAUCUAGUGCAACAUGUCAGGGAGGGAUAUGUAGUCAUGUUAGCAGACCAAAGUUGUUCAUGUGGGAGAUGGAACAAAAGUGGAGUCCCAUGUGAACAUGCCAUGGUUGCAAUUUCAUUUAAUGGUGCAGAUCCACUAGAGUAUGUGUCUGAGUGGUUUAAAAGAGACACAUACAUCAAAGCAUAUAAUUCAUCUGUGAACCCAGUAAAAGGAAGGGAAUUCUGGCCAGUA